AAUGACAUUGUGCGACCGGCUUGCCUGCGCCGAUGAGAUUCCUUUGUUGGGCGAUUCUCAACCUUUGCAGAUGAUUAGUCUCAGUACCCAGUCUGCCGCGACUCACCAGACGAAAGUCGGAACACGAAAAGUCCCCCUCGCCAGCCUCGCAUAGUCAUGCCCGGAGCAGCCAUCGACGCUUUGGGGGAUCACUUCUUCCUCUGCAGCCGCGCGACGGCGGAGCGCGUGGUCAAGCACAACACUCUGCUGGACGUCUUCAAGGCCAUCCUUGCGGAGGUGGGCAUCACGGCUGUCACAGAAGUGCCCCUGCGCUCUCUCGACAUCACCCCGCCCAAACGCCCAGCCCAACAGCCAGUGCAUGGACCCCUUCUUCCCCAUCGACGGCCAAGGUAUUCUGUGCGACGUCACAGUGGUCCACCCGUGUUGGCCCGAGAACUCCACCGCCCACCACACUCAAGUCAACCGUAGCCAUGCACGUCGGCCGGGCGGAAUCGCAGCCGCGGGGAAGGAGCGAGAGAAGGACCGCAAGUACGGUGCCAACUGUCGGCAGAAGGGCUACACGUUCGUGCCCUUGCGGCGGAGACGCUCGGCCGUUGGGGUGAGGAGACCCUCACUUUGCUUCGCCGCCUCGCGCGACGCCGUGUCCCACCACCCGCCAGCUCUGCAGAGGAUCGUGCGUUUUUUCAUGAGGGUGUCAUGAAUCAUUGGGGGCAGUUUUUGUCGGUGGCGUUGAUGCGCUGGAAUGCUUUUCAAGUGUCCUGCCGCGCAGCCUGCGACUCACGGAAGUUGACUUACAGGAAACCGAUCGUUGAAUACCUGGGGAAGACUAUGUUUUGGAGGCGCUCGUUUAUCCUAUUCUAUAUCACGCCACUGAACACAAGAUGCACCAUUAUUGGCAUAAUUUCCUCCAAUUCGGAAAUCAUAACUCGUCGGUCUGCGCUUCGCGCAUCCCUCGCUCCGCCACCCAUGAAUCACUCAGACGAACUGGCCUGCCGUCGGCGCUCCGGACACCUUCGGUGCCCUCCGCAUUGAGUCAACUGUGGCCAGUCGUUGCUCGGCUCGGCCCUUCGUCCCUCGCCUUCGCAAGUGCAUCGGUUGCGUCAAAUCCACGUGAGUGACUUAUCAUCGCGACGAGCAUUAUUGUUGUUGUUCACCUCUUUUUUUGUUCAGCGGACGAAUCGAAUUGUUGAGGGGAACAUGAUGUCCCUGAUGCCGGUGUUGGCUGCCAUUGUGGUCAGAACAAUGGCAUCGGCCGCGAUAUAUCCGCAAUCCUUCCAUGACUUUAUGGAGGAGAUUGUGAAGCCGGAUGUCGAAGUCCAGCGUAGCGGGCUUCCUGUACGUGGCCACGAAAAGGCGACGAACCUGUGGCGUUCUCUCAGAGGCUUCCUCUCGCAACUGGGGCGUAAUCUGCCCUCGCGCGUCUCAGGGAAGGGAGAUGAAGCAAAGCCAGCUAAAGAUCUGUCUCGUGAGCUCGCGUAUGGCCUGUUUGCGAAUUCCAUGAAGAUUACUGAUGCGUGCGAGGAGCUAUCAGCACGCCGAAACUGGACACGCUACGAGCCUCUCCGGGGCGCCAAGUACUUCAUCGCAAUUAACCUCUUCAACAAUGAGCUGACUCUUGCCGAUCUCACUCUUCAACUGCUCAAACUCGUUGACUUUCUCGGCCCGGGGAGCGUCUUUCUAUCCAUCUAUGAGAACGGCAGCUCGGAUCACACCAAGGAGUAUCUGAUGAAUCUAGACAUCCUCCUUGGCCUGUAUGGUGUGGCGCAUCGCAUUGUCAUGGAGAACCAAAACAGGCCCGGGGGUGUGCAUCGCAUUGAGUACCUUGCUGCAGUGCGAAACAGAGCCCUGGAACCGUUGGCAGACCUGUUGUGUGUGGUGACUGUUGUGUGUGGUGACAUGACCUUGACAGGCACAUUCAUGUAUGAAUUCAAAAGUGCAGGUUCAUUUCAAGCCCAUUCGGGAAACCGGCGUCACGACCGCCACUGAUUCAACGCAGGAGCUGCAGGUGGAGUUGGCCAGACGGAGGGAGGCCAAUGAGCCAAUUUGACCUGCGUUGAGUGCGAAAUGUCCGUGGAUGACAUCCACUCUAUCCUUCAGUCCAGUGAACACGUGUUGUGAGUACUGUAGUGAGAUGAUGUACCAAGACCUCGACCAUUCAGCGGAAUGUAUCUACGGCUUUUGUUUGAUGAUUGUGCCGUCCAUCACUGGCAAAGGCAGCUGCCCACCACACCAAGACACCAUUUCGGGGCGCUUUGCGCGAAUCAACGGUCCAAUUUGGUCAGACGUAAGUUGUUUGUAAAUUUUCUAACGUUCGGAUUUCGCUGCAAGUCGGCACAGGGAUGCGUCGGGUGGGAUCCAGAAGGUUUCGAGAGGUCCAAAACGUUGGAAGGCGCGGAAUGAGGCAAUUUGUGUUUACGAUGGAAUGAGAUGUGUCCAAUGUAAUUAUACAGGUCAAUGUUUCCCCGCCCCAAAUCUUUUCUCAAGCCCUGCAGUAUGGUUUUCGGCGGCUCUGCCGCUCCUCCGCCUGUCCUUUUGAUGUCGAUGUCCCUGGCUGCAAUGGUUGAUGGUCAUGAUGUUCUCCCGGAAUGCGGCGAACUCAUCGGCGGGACUGGAGGGGGGGCGGGGCUUGCGCUUGGCGAACAUCUUGAGAAAGUCCAUGGUCUUCUUUCCCCAUCUGCCGAAUGUCUCCGCGGCGAGGCACAAAGCGGAAGCCAGCUGCUUGGGCGGUUGGACCAUACUUGUCGAUCUUGUCUUUCUCCGCAAGCUGAGCCGCCUUGCCACCUGGAAGCUGUGCACCACGCCGAUUGACUGUCCGGUGGAAGGGAAUGGGGGAGUUGUCAGGGCGGCAGGGGCGGGCGAUGGUGACGUCGAGCAAGUAGUCACUGCCGUCGAUCUCACAGUAGAUUUCCAUGCGCUGCCCGUUGGGAAACUGCAGUCUCUUGGCGUAUGAUCUGCCUGCAACCACACAAACAGAGAGAGAGAGCGACUGAUAAUGGCUUAAGGGUCUCCGCCUCUCUUUCAGGUUUCGAUUCCCUAUCUUGGCUGCUUUUGACCUCUGCGUGCUGCGUACAGAGUGUGCGUGUAAGCACCACCACACAGAGUGUCC